AUGCAAUUUAAAAAUUUAAUUUUAUUAUCAAUGAUUUCAUUAGUAUUUGGAGAAAAUGAAACAAAUGUAACAAAUACUUCUUCUACUUCAAUUGCAGGAGGUGAUUUAACUACUGCUGCAACUACUUCAGCUACUGGUGGUGCUAAUUUAAUUUCUACAGCUGGUACUAUUGGUGUUGUUGCUGCUGGAGCUUUUGCUUUAAUGUUUUAA